UUAUGAUGACACCCUUACAGCUGAUCAGAAGACAGUUAUACUGACAGACAGUGUGAGGUUGGUGAAUGGUGGAAGUCACUGUGCUGGGAGAGUGGAGGUUCUUCAUGAUGGACGGUGGGGAACAGUGUGUGGUUCUGCCUGGGAUAUGAAAGAUGCUGCAGUGGUGUGUGGAGAGCUGCGCUGUGGGGAGGCUGUAGAUGUGCGGUAUUUGGCUGAGUUUGGAGAAGGUUCAGGAGAAAUCUGGAUAUAUGAUUUGUACUGUAGAGGAUCCGAGUCGACUCUGAACAAUUGUAGCUCACAAGGGAAACAUAAAUGUGCUCAUACUGUUGAUGCUGGGGUCAUCUGCUCAGGUCACAGAAUGUCGAGACUCACUGCUGGUCCUCACCAGUGCUCUGGGAGAGUGGAGGUGUUUCAUGGAGGUUCCUGGUUCACAGUGUGUGAUGCUGACUUUGACCAGCAGGAUGCAGAGGUUGUGUGUCGAGAGCUGGGCUGUGGGAUUCCUGUGGAGAUGCUGAGAUCAGCUGCUUUUGGCCAAGGGGAGGGUCAGGUGUGGACAGAGGAGCUUCAGUGUAGAGGAAAUGAAUCUGAGAUUACCUUCUGUCCAACAUCAUCUUCACUCAAACACUCAACCUGCUCCCAUUACAACGAUGUGGGAUUAAUAUGUUCUGGUGAAGUAUCAUGAUUUAACUUCUGUUUAAAUAGAGAACACAUACCUGUCAAUCAAACUUUAAGGUGUCUUUGUUAAUUUUCCUCUUUCACUGAGCUCUCGGCUGUUUGUUCAGGUCACACAGGGGCGCGGCUGGUGAACGGACCGGACUCCUGUUCUGGUCGAGUGGAGCUCCAGUACCUCAGUGACUGGGGCACAGUUUGUGCUGUAGGCUGGGAUAUGAGAGCUGCAGAUGUUCUCUGUGCACAGCUGGAUUGUGGGAGUGCUGUGGCUGUGGUGGAGGUCGACUGGUUU